AUGGGCAAGUCUUCACGUGGAUGGAUAGCUGUUGCCGACAAGCAUGUGCGCAUCAGACAGCCGUCAGCGGACAAAGAAGAACUGCGAAAAUUCGCAGCGCCGCGACACGAAGCGCCAGCCUUGGAGGCACCUCCAAGCAAGAAGAAGCUGCGACCCAACGAGAGGUUCGCUUCGAAGCAGAAGGCGGAUGCCGAGGAGGAGCCCGAGGCGGAGCCCGCCAAACCUGCGGAGCCCAAGCCACCGCCGCCAACUGCUCCAACACCGGAGCCAGCUCCACCGCCUGAGCCAGAUCGCCCCACACCACUUGCGGCAGACGCAGAGAGUUCUGCAGAAGAUCGGGAGGUGGCCAAGGGCGAGGAGGAGAUCGCACGUGAAAUGGCCGGACUCUUGUCGAAGCCCUUCUCCCAGCAGAAAAAAGCUUUGAAGGCUGUCCGUGCCCGCUGGCAUCCAGACAAGAAUCCAGACUCUGUGGAAGUCGCCACGCGAGUCUUUCAGUUCAUCCAAGCUCAC